UCGAAUGGAAGAAUCGUCUAGCAAACAUAAUGACAUCGAUUUGCACGGUUGAAUAUAUAAGUAAGCAUUUUGUUGAAGUUAACACAUUACUUAUUGUAAUUAUUUUCAUACUUUUUUAAACCCUAUAAUCUCUCUCUAUAAUAUAUAACCUGUUUUUUUUACACAUACAUAAACUAUAAUAAUUGCUGUUUUUUUUAAAUUAAUUUACGUGUAAUAAUUUUAAUACACACACACACACACACAUACAAUAUCUCACCCACAGUAUGGUUUAAUGUACUUACUUUGCUUUCGUAUCGCUUUUAACUAAAUCUUGUUUGUGUGGUAAAUGUAAAUUAUUACUGUUAAUAAUUAUCAGAUAACUGUUAAUUUUUAAUAAUAUUUGAGAAAUAUUAUUUGAGAUUAAAUGAAAUGGUAAAGUUUUCGAUGAAAUAUCUCUCAUUAAUUAUGAUUAAGGUCUUACUUAAUGAAUUUAAUUAUCUACAAUCAAACAAUCAUUUGAACUAAUGAUUGUAGAUUAAUCUAGGAAAUCUUAAAAAAUCAUAGAGAAUAUGUACAGAUUAUGAAUCGUAAAUAAUGACAGAUUUGUACAUAAAUUUGUAAAACAGAAAAAUAUUAGAAAUCUGUGGAAUAUUAAUUCAAAUGUAAAUAAUGAUCUAGAAAUAUAAAUCUGUGAUUAAUUAUGUUCUCAAUUAAAAAUUGACAAAUAUUUACAACUAUGAAUUCUGUCCUAAAUCUCAAAGAAUUAAUAUAAUAUUAAUACAAGGUACUAAAUCUGUCUACGAUAUUUUUUUGUUUCUAGAACUAGGUGUUAAGUAUACUGUUCUUAUUCACGAUUUGUUACAAAUCUUUUUUAAAUGGUUCCGCGAGACACGUUGACGAGAAAAAGGUCGGAGGGUGUCGAAUUGCCUAACAUCUUUCAUGAAUUUGUCGAGCAAUAACUUAGCGCCUUCUUCAGUAUCCUAAGUAGGAUUAGCAGGGGCCACCGCAAACCUCGUAUUACAGGAUCCAUUUCGAAUCCUAAUUUCGACGAAACGGAUGACUACCAGUUGACGUGGAUUUGCGACGGAUUAUGGAUCAGGCGACCCUUCCUCUCCAAGCAAAAGUUUGAAUACAUGAGGAUGUGCCAGAGAAAUAUAAUUACAGGGCAUAAUUCGGAGUCAUUGUUAGAUAUUAGUUUAAUAUUAGAAACCGACGCACGAAUGAAAUUCCAUUGUAGUUAUUCGUAUACGAAAAAUUCUGCGUGCUAAUAUAAUCCAAUACGUUCAAUAAAUUACGUAACUAUAUGAGUCCAGUGUGAAGACAGUUGUAAUAAUUAUACGUAUCUCUAAUUUAGCAUUAAAUAUAGUUAUACUCUCGAGAUAAUGAAGGAUUCAAGUGAAGCAAAUCAAAUACAGAGUAUCAUGUUAUAUAGUUAUGUGGAAAGAGCAUUCUCUUUGUUGUAUUUAGUGAAUAAACAUUUGAAAUGCAAUGUGGCGAUAAGAAACUAAAUUCUUUCGUAUCUGGUAAAAUCUGAUUAUUCUAUCUAUAAUAUUCCUUACUACAUGUACUUUUUAAAGAUAUAUAUGUUCAAAGACAUCUUUAAUAUCUAUAAAUCACAAUAUAUUAUAGAAUGGAUAAGAAUAUACGAUUCUAUUUGAAAGCUAAUAUUUAAAGAGAGUCACGGACAAUAUACAUUUAUAUAAUUUUUCAUUAUUGUAUUAACAUUAAAGUUACAGAAUCCAAUCAAACAAGAAAAGGGUUGUCACCUAUGUAAAGUGGACAAUCUCUCAAAGUUUCAAAAUCACAUUUAGAGCCUAAUGUAGGAUAUUAAUACAAAUUUUAGUUUCUUCCUCUUUGCAUUUUCACCGAGAGAAGGGGGAGGAGAGGGGAGAGGAGGGAGGAAGGAUGUACCAGGUGGGUACGAAUGCUGCGCGGCGUUUCCGCGGAUUGGAUCGACCAGCAUCUCGGAAAGCAAGAUGAAGCGAAUGAGACUAGCGACUAAUGUUUGAAAGCUCCGCCUGGUUUUCGGGACGUCCCAAAUCUCUAGGUCCCUCCAACGAACAUAUCUUCCGUUUGUUUCUCUUUCUCCACUCCACAGUUUGUUGCUCCUCCCGGUUCAUCCUUCAAUUUCUGCUCCGAGAACAUUGACUAACAAUUAGUUGCACACCGUAGUCGUGAUCUGUUGUGUUCUAUUGUCUUUCCCUGUUAAUUGACAUUUGCGUGAUUGCGAAUAAUUGACAGAAUGCCCCGAAAACGGCGUGUUUCGACCUCGUCGUUGGAGGAAUAUCCUUCCGAGGAAAAAUACAUGAAGGACGACAUGGACAGUCGCGCACCGCGAAACGCUGCUAAUGCCCGAGAACGCGCACGAAUGAGAAUUUUGUCCAAAGCUUUUUGCAGACUUAAGACAACUUUACCAUGGAUUCCCGCUGACAGCAAAUUAAGUAAAUUGGACACAUUACGCUUAGCCGCAACAUACAUAGCUCAUCUGAGAGCAGUGCUUCGAGAUGACGGUGAAGCACAUCCUGAAACCACCAAAUCUUUGUCGCUGGCCCUGUCAUGGCCAUUCGCUAUUCAAAGUAACAACGGAGCAACGCUUAUGAACAACAGUUGCAACGUGUCCUCCUCGACGUCUUCGAGCUGUAAUCAGUAUCGAGGACAGCAAGCGACUCAUGAUAUCCAAAACUUCCAUCAUUCAGGUCAUCAGAGCGCGUCCGCGCGCCAUAAUCAGGAGCAACAGCUCUCUUAUUACUAACAAAAAACAUCUGACAAUCCGAAUCAGAGCUUAACUACAACGAGCGAUAUCUAUGAAGAGCUAUCACCAACUGGGUUACAUGACGACGACGGCGAUGUCAUGUAUUCACGCCUUAUUUAUUCCAAAGUGCCUUAUUCUAGUAUUUAUUGAUUUAAUCUUAAAUAUGUAUAAUUACGAUUGCAUCUCUAAUUGUACAACAAGGAAAUAUUCGUAUCUCUCUAUAUGUAUUUUUUAUAUGUAUAUCGAAGAAAUGUAAUGUAUUUUGCAUAUUUUUAGAAGCUUUAAUAGAACAAAAUUAUAUGAUAAAAGAUAAUUUCUAGAAGGGGGAGGGGGUUUCAAUAGAUUAAAAUGGGAAUAAAAUUGGGUUAAACCGAGCUGAGAAUAAUUUUGUAUUAUUUAUAAUCUAAAUAUGACAAUCAUAUUAUCAAAGUUUUAAUUUGAUUAUAAGAUCACCAUAAUCUAAACAAAAAUUAUGUCAUUAUAAUAUAAAAUAUUAUAAUAUACAAUUGCAUAGUAACUAACUCUGUUUAUUAGUCCAAUUUUAUUUUCUUUCAAAAAUUAUGUAAGUAAAACAAAAUUAUUUUUUCUUGUUUUAUAAAACGUCGAACAAAAUGUUGAGAAUUUAAUGACCUAGCAUUUUGAUAUAAAAAAUUUUUCGUAAAAAGAUAUUAUAUAUUCGCAAAGAGAUUAUUUCCUUGUCUUAUGCGUUCAAUUAUUACAAUAUCAUAUAUUGUAAUUAUAAUUGAUACCAAAGCAUGUUAACUAGUCCAAUAAAAAUGUUUCUAAGAUUUUCAAGAA